CUCAGUUUCGGUUUUCUUUUCACGAAAAGGAUUUUACAACUUGCCGUCGAUAUUGACAUGCGGAGUCAAAAACGUUAACUAGGGGCAUGCGAUUGAAUGUAAUAUGUCCUUUGUGUGGUAUCUCAUAGCAACAUUCCUUACAGCAGAUGUCGUUGUUGAGGGUCAGCAAUGCUCUGGUUCGAAGUGUAGUGACUGCUUGAUAAAUGAAGGAUGUGUGUGGUGCCAAGACCAGGGUUUUAAAGCUAAACGAUGUGGAAGUUUUUCGGAGAUGAAAGAAAAUGAGUGUAAAGAUGUUGUUCAAAGAAAAAACCAUGCGGUUGAGAUACUGGAGAACAAUGCGUUUUCUGACGGAGGUCCGGGGCUUGAUCCCAUUCAAAUCAAACCGCAGAGAAUAAGGAUCAGACUGGCACCAAACAGUGCACUCCGAAAUGUGAAGAUACACUACAAGGUCGCAAAAAACUUUCCACUUGAUCUUUACUUUCUUCACAACCCCUCUAUGUCAUUAGAGAAUUUAGUCACAAAUUUCACUGAAAUAGCAGAUGAUAUAGUUAAGGAGAUAUCAAAUUUCACAACUAAUUUUCGGCUUGGGUUCGGAACAGCCAUGGAUAAAGUUAUCGCUCCUUUUGUUCACAGGGACCCUGAAUAUUUACUCCAUCCAUGUAAUAUACAAAAUAUGGAAUGUGACAACCCGUACUCCUUUUUACAUAGAAAAUCUUUCACAGCUAAUACAGCUGAGUUUAAGGAUGUAUUUAGCAAAGUUAAUCAUUCUGGUAAUCAGGAUAUUGGAGAAGGGAUGUUUGACGGGCUGAUGCAGGUAAUGGUGUGUGGGGAUAAGAUAGGCUGGAGGAAUAAAGCUAGACGGAUGCUUGUCUACGCAACAGACGUCAACUUUCAUCAGGCGGGGGACGGUCGGACAGCGGGAAUAUUGGAACCAAAUGAUUGCGAAUGUCACCUUGAUGAUACGGGCAAAUAUACAAAGGCUGAAAUUCAGGAUUUCCCAUCCGUUGGUCAGAUCAUUCAAAAGGCUCGCGAGAACAACAUCAAUGUUAUUUUUGUGAUUGGAGGGAAUGAAAGUAGUAUAAUAAGGUCCAACUACUAUGAUAAACUGGCCAGAUAUUUACCUGGCGGUAACCACAAAGCAUCAGCGUUGUCCAACGACUCCAAGAACAUUGUUGACAUUAUUCGUGAUAGUUAUCGGAGUUUGUGUGAAUCUGUGAAAUUAUUAACAAGCGGUGUUCCUAAUGAACUUCUCCUAAGUCUUUACAGUAACUGUAGAACUAAUGGGCGACUCUUUGAUAGAACUAGCAUAUGUGAAGGACUGGCCUUGGAUGAAUGGGCAAACUUCUCAAUAGUUCUUCGAUCAAACAUGACUUCUUGUCCAUCACAAAGAUCCUCUAACAUGACAAUUUUCCCUGAGGGCAUUAAAGAUCGUGUUGAGAUUGAGGUGGAACAUGAAUGUAAAUGUGACUGUGAACAGGAGCCAGAGGCGGAGCCAAACAGUACGAAAUGUAACCAGAGAGGGACGUACGAGUGUGGGGUGUGUCACUGUAAUGAGGGGUGGUCAGGUGACAGCUGUGAGUGUGACGAGAGGGGAUCAGAGAUGGAGGCGUGCGGGACUGAGGCGGGAAUCUGCAGCAAUGUUGGAAAUUGUAAAUGCCCCCAAAGACCAACUGAUUCCCUCAUAAUAGGCCUUGGUAUUUGUGGGGCUGUUGUACUAGUCGGAAUAAUCCUCAUCGUUUCUUGGAAAAUACUCUCUUUCAUUUAUGACACUGUGGAGUACUCAGGAUAUAAGGCAGAUACAAACGAUCCACUUUGGGAUAAGUCUGGGAAACCAAUUUACAUGGAAUGCACACCGACGACACAAAAUCUUAUUACAUGUAGUAGCUACAGUAGACAUACAGACCCCGACAAUCAAAACAAAUACGAAGGAAUCGAACCGACACAGAAUGACGUUCAUGAAUACAAGAAACUCGAAAAUGUCGAGGAAAACGAAUCUACUACCACCAAAAAGCAAAAUAAGUAUGUAACACUUGACAACACACGCGUCAGCACUCACAAAUAUACAAAACUCGAAGACAUCAAGAAACCAAAUCCUGAUACCCACGAAACACAAUGCAACUAUGAUGAAAUCGAUCAAACACAAGUCGGCACUCACAAAUAUAGGAAACUUGGGGAAAUAAAGAAAGCUUAUCAUGAUACUUGCGAAAAAUGUAACAACUAUGAAAAGAUUGAUCAGAAAGAAGCUGAUGUUCACAAGUACUCGAAACUCAGGGAAGCGCAGGAAAUUGAACUUGACUGCCCUGAAAAUCGGAACAGUUACGAUGAGAUUAACGAGAAAGAGAUUGAUGACGAUCAUUACAUGGAAAUUAAACAAAUCAAGGAAAUAAAACUUCACAGAUAGUUUGAUGAUUCUGAUUUACUUUCACAUUAUAACCAAAAUUAUACCCGAAUUUUAGUUAGCCAAAAGAAUCACCUUUAAUACAUAAUCCACCAUUAUACGAUUACAUAUACCAUUGCGCAAACGAAGCAGAACGUAAUAAUUAUCAUAUUUUUUCAGACUGCAAAGUUUUAGGGAAAAGAAAAUCAAUUACAAGGAUACAAUAACUGAGAAUAGAAGAAAAAAUUAAGUGAAAUUUUAGAUAAAUCUAUAUUAGAAAGAAUUUUAUAUUUCUAUUUAUUUUGUAUAGAGCGUAUACUGCUUGUCGUAUUGUGUAUGUAUUUUA